AUGACUAACAAUGUAUUUCUAUUUGAAUCUUUACCCAAUGAAAUAAUCAUCGAACUAUUUAAAUAUUUCGAAGCGCGAGAUCUUAUUCAAGCUUUUUAUCAUUUAAACUCUCGUUUUAAUUGUUUGAUUCGAUCUCUUACUCAUCUGAUUUAUUCGACAAAUAAAAAUGACAAUUAUAUUCUUUCGUAUUCAUUUAUUUAUACUCUAGUUAUUAAUACAAAACUCGAAGACAAACUUAGUUGUUUUCCUAAUAUACAUCGUAUUCUUCUGGAUUAUGUAACCGAUGAUUUAAUAACGCAAUUUAAUAGUCAGGUAUUACCUUGUUUAGAAUAUCUUUCAGUUUCUCACAAAGUUAGUCCAUUCUAUAUGCCUGAUUUACGUGGAAAAAUUUUUUCAAAUGGAUUUCCAAAUUUAAAAUCUUGCUAUAUAUCUCGAAUGAAACCAGCAUAUACGUUACGUGAAUGGACACGAUCGCCGUCAUUGCGUUUUCUAAGAUUAAACGAUAUUGACGCAUCGAUUUAUACAUCCAUCCUUUUGGCAUGUCCAAAUUUAUAUUAUCUUAAAUUUAGAUUACCAGAAAGAUCAAAAAUCGAAUCGAAUAUUGUGCUACACUCUAAUCUUAAACGAUUGCUAAUUAAUUUGAAUCACGAUGAAUGGCCAUGGGAUGACAAUUUUCUAGACGGUUAUUUAGCAUGUGUGCCUAAUCUUGAAAAACUACGAAUAAACCGAUCAGUAUCAGUAGAUUCCAAUGUAAUGAAUUUUCUUCAACAUUAUGAUUGGCUUCUAUCCACAAUUUCGAAGCGUUUAUUAGUAAUUGAUCGAUUUGAAUUCGAUUUUAAUGUUAAACGAACGAAUGGAUUCAUGGAGUAUGAUUUUCAAGAGAUUUCUCGGUGUCUUAAGAACAAAUUUAAUAAUGUUUAUAGAAACCGGUUUAACAGUCGAUUGGUGAUUUUUUAA